AUGGUUUUCUACAGAAUUACAUUGCGGAGAUCGGUAAUCGGAACUCCAAAAAAGACUAGAGCCGUUGUUGAGAGCUUAGGACUCAGAAAGAGAGGAUCUAUUGUAUAUCAACCUGCGAUACCCUCUAUAGCUGGUGCUGUUGCUCAAAUCAAGGAACUUGUAAAUGUCGAACUAUCUGAUAAACCUAUAAGCAAGGCAGAACAACGUGAAAUGAGGAAGUCCAACCCAGGUUUUACAGUCGAGAAAAGAGUAUAA